AUGCAUGAUGUCCUUGAAGGCGGCAUUGGGUUUCUCUUGAAGCAUGUGCUGAGGUCCCUCGCAGCUUCAGGCAUAAUAUCUGCAUCGAGUCUGAGCGUUAUAUCAACGUUCAGCUACGGUUUUCACGACGGAAAAUGCAAGCCUGUUCCACUCUCAGAGUCCUUCCUUACGUCAGGCAGCUGCAACAUAAAAGGAACGGCAAGUCAGAAGUGGUGCCUCUUUCGUUUGCUGCCCCAGAUGAUCAGCCAACUUGUUCCAGAGCAGAAUCCGACUUGGCACCUGUACCUGCUCUACAGACACAUUGUAGACAUUAUACUAGCAAACAAGGUCCCAGCAGAUAGCAUUGCAUACUUGCAAGUCCAAAUUGACAGCUUUCUUCAAAAAUUCAUUGAACUGUUUCCAGACCAGAAGUUGAUUCCAAAGAUGCAUUUUCUUGUGCACUACCCCCGUUUCAUCCGACUAUUUGGGCCACCACGAAUGUACUGGAGUAUGAGAUUCGAGUCAAAACACUCCUACUUCAAGAAUAUUGCAAUGAAAUCCAAAUCCUUCGUUAACAUCUGCAAGACAAUGUCCACUAGAGGCCAACUUCUCCAGUCCUACGAACUUUCAGCCCCAACACUUUCGAAGCCGCUUGCAACUGGUGCCCAGAAGAGCGUACAGUGGUCAGACCUGCCCCAUGCAGUGAAAGCGGUUUUUCCUCUUGCUGUUACAGAGGAGGAAAAUGUAAUCAGUGUCCAAACUGCGAGCAUCGAUGCCAGCGCGUACAGGGUGAGCGACGUAUGCUGUAUCGGCUGGGAAGAGGAAGCACCACUGUUUGGACAGGUAUUCCUAAUGGUUGUUCACAGAGGAACGCUCCUGGUCUGUGUCGAAUUGCUUCACACUGUCCAGUUCAACCAGCACAGACACAGCUACGAGGUGGAACAUUCGGGGCUGUAUAGUCUGCUGUCUCCUGGACUCCACCCUGAAUACACAGCCAUGGAUUUGUACAAGCACCAAUGCAAGUACGAAGUGGUUCCGCACUUUGAGCUAUAUGAGCAAGACACACUCACAUCCACUGCGUGA